AUGGACGAGUACCUACAGCUCGGUCACAUGGGAAGACUCGACGAGCCUGUAGAUGACGUGAAGUCAUACUGUUAUCUUCCACAUCACCCUGCUUUCAAGGAGUCGAUAAUCAGUCAUCAGUCAUCAGUCAUCAGUCAUCAGUCAUCAGCCAUCAGUCAUCAGUCAUCAGUCAUCAGUCAUCAGUCAUCAGUCAUCAGUCAUCAGUCAUCAGUCAUCAGUCAUCAGUCAUCAGUCAUCAGUCAUCAGUCAUCAGUCAUCAGUCAUCAGUCAUCAGUCAUCAGUCAUCAGUCAUCAGUCAUCAGUCAUCAGUCAUCAGUCAUCAGUCAUCAGUCAUCAGUCAUCAGUCAUCAGUCAUCAGUCAUCAGUCAUCAGUCAUCAGUCAUCAGUCAUCAGUCAUCAGUCAUCAGUCAUCAGUCAUCAGUCAUCAGUCAUCAGUCAUCAGUCAUCAGUCAUCAGUCAUCAGUCAUCAGUCAUCAGUCAUCAGUCAUCAGUCAUCAGUCAUCAGUCAUCAGUCAUCAGUCAUCAGUCAUCAGUCAUCAGUCAUCAGUCAUCAGUCAUCAGUCAUCAGUCAUCAGUCAUCAGUCAUCAGUCAUCAGUCAUCAGUCAUCAGUCAUCAGUCAUCAGUCAUCAGUCAUCAGUCAUCAGUCAUCAGUCAUCAGUCAUCAGUCAUCAGUCAUCAGUCAUCAGUCAUCAGUCAUCAGUCAUCAGUCAUCAGUCAUCAGUCAUCAGUCAUCAGUCAUCAGUCAUCAGUCAUCAGUCAUCAGUCAUCAGUCAUCAGUCAUCAGUCAUCAGUCAUCAGUCAUCAGUCAUCAGUCAUCAGUCAUCAGUCAUCAGUCAUCAGUCAUCAGUCAUCAGUCAUCAGUCAUCAGUCAUCAGUCAUCAGUCAUCAGUCAUCAGUCAUCAGUCAUCAGUCAUCAGUCAUCAGUCAUCAGUCAUCAGUCAUCAGUCAUCAGUCAUCAGUCAUCAGUCAUCAGUCAUCAGUCAUCAGUCAUUAACAGGCAAUUGUCGCCCACGCACAGUGGCGGGCCUUCGAACAAGUCGGACAAAACCAAAAAUGUUGCCCAAUCUGGCUGA